UCGAAAUCUUCGUGGGCACUGCUGGCACGAGCUAUGAAAUAGCGGGGUGCAGGAGAGAAGGACGCUCUUCCAGGAUGCCUAAGAAGAGAUCGGUUUGUUCAAAGGAGCUCUACUUAGCCGCGUCAGAUUAGGACUUAGCUUCAACGUGUAGUGAUCCAGCCUUGUUGGAGCGCUAGUGUAGUGAGCGAGGGCUUGCUUGCCCAGCGGCUCUUUGUUGGAGAGUGGAUGUAAAGCUCUGGGUCAUUCUAAUCAACUCUAGGCACCGUGAGCUUUGAGUUCUCUGUUCCCAUGAGUACAAACUUCUCUCAAGGCAAUCUAUAGUUCAUGAACAAUUGAGCUGGGCAGGGAAUUAUCGUUGUGAACAAUGACAGCAAUGGCGGCCUGGAGCUGUGCAAGCAUUGACUAAGCCAACAACAAGACGCGUGCCUGCGCACUGGUAGCGGCGGCACAAUGUCAGCCGACGACGAUGGCUGCCGUGAAACGUACGUGUCAGUCACACCACCGCCGCUGAUUACAUUCAUUAAGAAUGUUCUGAAAGACUACCCAGAUGGUGGCCAGACUUUGAAGGAACUGCUUCAGAAUGCAAAUGAUGCUGGCGCAACGCGUGUUCAGUUCCUACUUAACUGUGAACAAUACAGUGCUGGUGAUCUGAUUCACGCCAACAUGGCACCGCUGCAAGGUCCUGCACUCUACGAGUACAACGAUGGCGUGUUUGCCAACAGCGACUGGAAAGGGAUCUGUCACCCGUCGCGCAGCAAAAAGAGAAAGGAUGUGAUGAAAGUCGGACGCUUUGGCAUCGGUUUCAACUCAGUUUACCAUCUGACUGAUGUUCCAGGCAUUCUGAGUGGUACGCACGUCUGCUUCAUUGAUCCAAUGCUUUGCCACAUUACGGACCCCUCUGGCUGUGAUAGUGACAGCGAUGGCGAGGAUUAUGACGACGAUGAUGACCCCGCCAAUGCCACUGGUGCCAAGCGACGCUCUGGUCAAGAAAUGAUAAAGUACACAGUGAAGGGGUUUGCAGGACGGUUCCGUGGCCAGGCAUCGGCAUUCAAUGUUUUGGAGCAUCGACUCGCCGCUGGUGAAAAGAGUUUCACUGGAACUCUGUUUCGCUUCCCGCUGCGCCAGAAUCAACACUCAAAAUUAUCCAAGACCGUCUACAAUGAAGAGGACGUCGAGAAGAAGUUGUUUGCUUCUUUCCAGAAGGAGGCUGACAUAAUGUUACUCUUCUUGGCGAAUAUCCGCAGCCUCGAGCUGUUCAAGCAGCCACGCUCCAGUGCUGCUAAGCGUAUCCUGCAUGUCACCUAUACAUGUAUUGGAGAAACUGACCCUGACACUGAAAUGAGCCAGCGUUUACGUAUUGCAAUGGAGUCCAAGACACUUGCAACGUUGGAAACUCGUAUGUGUGUCACAGUGCAUUCCGGCAAUGACUCUUCAACAGCUCGAAAUUGGCUUGUGCGGCACACGGUCGGCUCUAACGAUGCCAACAUUUGCGAGAUUGCAGGAAAGGAGAACCUGCACCCAUGGGUCGGCAUAGCAGCACCGAUCAACGAUGAUGCGAAUUGGUCCAAGCGCUGGCUGACAAGAAGGCACGAGAGCAGCUGCAGAAGCAAAGCAUUCUGUUUCCUGCCGAUCACGCCAAUCGAGACUGGCCUGCCCGUUCACGUGCACGGCUAUUUUGCAGUUACCAGCGACCGACGCUCUGUCAAGUGGCCGUGCGCGGACAAUACGUCAGAUGAAGCCAACUGGAAUAUGCAACUUGUGCAAUCCUGCCUCAGCUCAGCCUAUGUGGAAACACUGAAGCGUUUGACAGACGGCUGUCAUUUCACUGUACCUGACACGAUCCAGCCUGGUGCAGGUGAUGACGACGAUGACAAGCCAGUGUGCCGUGCGUACUAUGCAUGGCCCGACAUGACACGCGUGGAGCGAAGUGAAAACUCGCCCUGGAGGUACCUGGUGCAAUGCAUGCUGCCUCUUUUGUUUGAAGAGAAGCUCCUGUGGUCAUGGGCAAGAGGUGGCUCCUGGCUGGCAGUCAAGGAUGCCUGGAUCAUGGAAGCUACGUGCAAUCAGGCCAUGCAAGCAGCUGCUGUGCAAACUGGGCAUAACAGAGGCAUUGCUGGCAAUGUCGUCCAGGCUGUAUACGCCUUUCUCCUGGCCAUGAACGAACCAGUAGUUCUUCUGCCACCAAGCGUCAUGGCAACGCUAAGCAGCACCUCCGACGGAAAUUUGAAGCAGCUACUAGCAGAGCGCACUAUCCAGCCCGCUUCUCUCCGACAAAUUAUCGGAAAGCUUCAGGCGUCCAGCCCAGCAUGUGGAGAGUAUAUGACAGCCAACCGAAAGGCUUCCUGUGCUAUGGCUAGUUUCAUCCUGUCCGACUUUGAUGUGGACAGUAGCACCACCCAACCGGAGGCGGCCACAAUGGUCAAGGAGAUCGAGUCCUUAGCCAUCUUUCCAACCCUGCACCUGGCGACUAUCCGGUCUCUCAGUGACGGUCGCCCGCUAUACGUUCUGCCAGACAUGUCCAGUUAUGCGAGUAUUCUUCCUGGUAUGGGACAUGUAAUGCUGGAUACAGGGUCGAUCACCGCUAUGGAUCACACCGCCACUGAUACUCUUAAGCACUUAGCUUUGCUCCUAGGCAGCAGCCAUCCAACGUUUCAGUUGCUGCGCGAUGACCAUGUGCCGGAACUUCUCGUGCAGUCCAUUCAGACAUGGAGUCCGGCAUUCCAACGUGGCCACACAACGAGUAUAGCUUGGUCCGCCGAUGGUGCAGAAAACUGCCCACCGCUAGCAUGGUUGGAGGAUGUCUGGAAAUGGUCUGGAGAAAGCACCCUGACGAAGGAUCACCUCGAACCGCUUGAAGGCUUGCCUCUCAUACCGGCGAUUGAAGGUCUGCUCUGUCUUUGCAAGCAGUCAACAAUAGUCAUUGAAGGAGACAGCCUGGAGGACACUGUCAAUGAGCUGCUAACAGUGGCAGGGUGCACUGUCAUCGCUGAGCCACCAGGAUUUGUACACCACAACUGUGCUGGAAUCAUCGGACAGUACAUUCUGCCUCACCGACCCACUACCGUUAUGACUGCCCUUGUCAAUGUGGAGAGGUCCUCAUCCGUGGAGGAGGUGAAUCGCCGUAUAGCCUCACUGUCCAUCCGUGCCUCGCAAGACCUACUUGCAUUCCUGGCGACAGCUUCACCUAACGAAUUCACUUCAGAUCAGAAGGAAUUGCUACGGAAAUUGCAGAUCUACGUAUGUCACUCAUCUGGCCUCACCAUGGAUCUUGCUAGCAGUGGAAAGCAGCACUAUCUUCUGCCAAGAAACCUGCCACAAGAUGUGCUAAGUCUAAAGUUGCCAGUGGAGUUUGUGCGGCCUACACCAGACGGCAAAGAAGAGAGCCUGCUGAACUCACUUUCAUGCCCCCAGCUUACCUGUGACGAGUUACUGGUUGCAUGGCUUCUACCAACAGUUACCUGGCCAGUGAAUAUCACCAUCCUCAACUUUGCCAUGGAACUGAUUGCGACAUCAAAACUGAAGAAGGAAUCUCUGCAGAGGAUCAGAACAAUGGCAUUUGUUCCCUGCUCACCGUCUCGCUACUCACUGGCAAGACCAACAGAUCUUGUUGAUCCGAAGGACGUCCUGGCACAUCUGUAUGACCAUAGUGAGCACUGCUUUCCACACGUACCUGAGGGCAUCAAUGAAGACAACUGGCUUCCUGGACUGAGAAUGGUUGGCCUCAGGAAGGAGGCUGAGCUUACAGCUGAAACCAAGGUGGAAGUCCUGAAGGACAGGGUAUCUAGUGUGUCUCGCAUCAUGACUGGGUCAGCGGAUCAAGAAGCUGCCAGGAAGAGAACAGUGAACGUCAUACAGUUCAUCUCUAGACUGGAGUUGUUGGCAUCGUGCGGGCAAUACAUACAAGAAGAAGCCCGUUGCUUUAUGGCACAGCUACGUCCUCCAUCCCAUGACUACCCGACUAUGCUCCCGUGGUGUGGGGAAGACAACAAGAAGCUGUAUACACCCAUGGAGCUAGUCGCCAUGCCUGAUAGAAAGCAAGCCACUCUCCUAGUUGGAAGCAGUGCUUCACUGCUUGAUGAUGAUCUAUUCAAGGCCAUUGGCAGUGAUGAGAAAAAACUACAGAGCUUUGGCCUGAAAACGGUUUCAGAUCUACACGAUGUAGCUGCUAAGCAUCUGCGUCAAUUGAUUGAAACACUUCCACCGCAGGGUCAGGCAAGUGUGAUGAGCGGGAAGACGCGGCAGUACUACGAUCAGAGCUGUUUUGAAGUGUACCGCUACUUGAAGCCACUUCACGGCGCAGAUGAAAGCAAGAGUGAGAGCAUCGUGCGGACAUACUUGAAGGAACGUGACUGGGUGUGGCUGAGUACACAGCAGCAGUGCAGGUUUGUGUCACCACACAGACUGUUGUAUUCGCUACCCGAAGGCAUACAGCCAGAGAACCUACAGCCAUACCGCUACCAGAUGAGUGACGAGUGCAAGGUACUGUUCCAGCCAUUCUUCAAGGCGUUUGGAAGCUCCACGUGCCUGGUUAAGAAGGACUUGGUGGAUAUUCUGCAUGAAGUUAGAGGCGAUACCCCUGAUGGUGGACGAAUGUCUGACAGUCAACUCAAACUGGUGCUGGAUAUCAUCAAAAGUCCAGCUAUGAUAUCUGAUAAUGGUGAUCGGGCUGUUGAGAGAAAAAUUCUGCUGCCCACUUCAAAUUCAACUCUGGUGGAUGCAGAACGCUGCCGGUUUUGUGACUGCGGCUUCUUGCUGUGCCCAGCGAAAGGCAUUGAACUCAACACCGUCUCGCGAUACAAUGUGUUGCAUAGAGAUCUGGAUGAGUCAAUUGCAAGAAGAUACAAGGUUCCUGCCCUCAGCCUUGACAUUCUACCAUCAAGCUCGCUGCCCUGCACAGUAGAUGGAAAGCCGCGUGUGCUGUACAGCGAAGAAAUUGCGAGCAUCCAGACAUCCGACACACUGGAGCAGACAAGUGAGGAGCUGUUCUUCAAGGAGAUGCUUGAAAAUGCUGAAGAUGCUGGCGCUACCCGAGUGCAGUUCACCUUGGACAGCCGCCAUACUGCUCCGGAUUCCCGUGACAGAACACUGCUGAGCGAGGAUUUGAAGCAGUGGCAAGCUCCGGCACUAUGGUUUCAUAAUGAUGCUGAGUUCUCAGCAGCAGACUUGGAAAACAUCAGACGGCUGAAAACAAAAGCAAAGCGCUUGAAUCCAACCCUGAUCGGUCACAAAGGACUUGGCUUCAGCCGUGCCUAUCACCUGACAGAUGUGCCUAGCCUUGUCAGCCAAGAGCGUAUUAUCUUCUUUGAUCCUGUGGGUAAGAGCUUUGGUGUAAGAUCUAGUCCCGAAGAGCCAGUAGUGAUGGUCGAUUUCAUCAAGCAUCAGGACGGUGUCAGUGUAUUCGCUGACCAGUUCUCCACGUAUCAUGGAACUUGUGGAUGCCAUGUGCUCUCUCCGACUGCAUGCAAGUACCCUGGCACGCUGUUCCGGUUUCCUCUACGCAGCAAGCCAAGUAAGAUUUCCAGCCACUGUCCAAGCACAGUCAAGCUUCGUGAAAAAUUGGCUGAGCUGGCUAAAAGCAUGGAUCAGCUGCUCAUCUUUCUGCAGCACAUCAAGGAAGUCACUAUUGACGUGAUCCACGAGAAUGGCAGCCAAGAGCUUUUGUGUCACUGGCAAGCUGAGGUCGAUCAGCACAUUGCUGGUGACCCACUGGUGGACAAGCUGCUCUUCACCACAACACAGAGAUGCGACGGCAGCUGGAAUAGAAUGUGUGAGAACAUGGUGACUAUGAGCAGGAAAGGCGGAGUGCCUCCCUUCACCGUGUACAAGCUAAUCAUGACAGACAAGACUCACAACAUCACCAGCAACUGCCUUGUGGUUGGAAUGUUUGGUGGCAAUGCAAGUUUAAAAUCAGCAGAGAAGUUGAAAGCAGAGACUGGCAUUGCUCGCUUGCCCUGGGUAAUGCUUGCUGCGCGAUUCCAUGGCAGACCACCAUGCGUUCAACGGGUUUCCGGAAAACUUCAUAGGGCUCUUGCAACGUCAAUUAGCACCCGUCUUCCGGUGCAUAUCAAUGCCUUCUUUAAGCUGUCAGCGACGGGGGCACGCCUGGAGGAACGCGGUGCCUCUGGAGACUGGAAUUCUAGCCUUCUAAAGAACGAUGUUCCGAAGGCGUAUUCGCUGUUGGUGUCUGGCAUGAAGGAACGUAUGGAGCAAGAACAUGCGCAGAUGACAGAUGAUAUGGCACGCACAGUGUAUUCUGUGCUCCCCCUUACUGCGCUUGAAGACAAUCCAUGGACAGAUCUGCAACGCAAUGUACUUAAGGAGGUCACUUCCAACAUCCCAUUCCUGUGGACAAGCGUCGGAAGCGGCCAAUGGCUCAACUUGUCUUCUGCAAUCAUCCUGGACAGAUUAUCUUUCAACGACCAACGCUUGGCAAGCUAUGCGAGAGACAUCUUGGUCGCUGUGGGGGAGAAGUACGUGGGCCACAACACUGGUGAUGAUGAAGACUUGCUCAGCAGAAUAGUGGAUCUCUCUGGCCAAAGGGAUGGUGCACUCACGUGUCAGAGCUUCUUCCAUGACAAGUUCAUGAGUAACCUGCUUAGUCUGACUGAUGAGCAAGUGGACAACGGGCUCAAGAUGCUGAUUAGACUUGGGCAAAACCAGCCAGACACGUGCAGCUGGAGUGUACCACUUCUGGAAGCCAAUAAAUGUGUUCGAUCUCAAGCUGGACAGCUCUGCUUCCCAGGGGAGUUGAUUGACCCGCACACAGAAGACAAACGCAUCAGGUAUCUCUUUGAAACUUGUCCCAGCAUGUGGCCAUCGGACACAUUACGGGACAUCAGCGUAUUUCUAAGCGAGAAAAAGCUUCUGCUAUCAGGUGUCGAUACCCUGCCUGUCAGCUUACUACUUCAAGCAGCUAAGUAUAUAGCUGGGUCUUCUACUGAUGGUGUGGAUAAGCAAGCUGUGUCUUAUCUGUGCGGCAUCAUAGCUGAAAGGAUCAGGAAUGAACCACCUGGAAACCAGUUUUUACAAGACCUACGCACGGUGCCAUUUCUACCAGUUAUGCAAAGACCCGGUGACUGGCACUUACCAUGGAAGGCUGAAGAACCUCCUGUCUUUGUUGCUAGCAUUGCCGAUCUAGUGCCGAAGUGUCAACGGGCAGUUGGUUCAGUGGCACUUCUUCUGGACAUUGAUCCUGACGUAGAAUGCUCUUGGCUCUUCAGUCAAUGCUCCCUGGACAUGGAUUCUCCUCCGUCGCUGGAAGACAUGAAACAACAGAUCCAAGUACUGACUGCUAUUGUGGCUUCGGAGAAACCGGCACAUGAUAACCAGCGGAAUAAGCCAAAGGUGCUAGAAGUACUACUAAAUGUUGGUCGCUGCAUGGACCGUAUCUACGGAUUCAUGAAGCAGCAUAUGGCCAGCAAUACCGAUCAGUUUGAUGCAGCUGGAUUUGGUGACAUGACUUGCAUUUGGAGUGAUCAACACGCCAUGUUUAAGCUUCCCUGUGAAGCUGCAAUGUCUGCACCUGAGGGUUACCCAGACCUCAUGCCAUUCCGAUUGAUUGUGGAUCGAGGACAUACGAGUAAAUACGCUGGCGUCUUCAGCCGCAUCAGUGUCAAGGACGCACUGGAUGUAACUGAUCUCCAUGCCAUUCUGUCCAGUCUCCAUGCCAACUAUCAGGACAAGAACGGGCAGAGAACGCCAUUGUCCAAAGAGCAUCGUGAUCUAGCCAUCAAGUUGAUUGAGGUGCUGCACAAGUUGAAAGCACUAACAGUGGUGCCUGGUGGCGAACUGCUCCUUCCCACCAUGAAGGGACUGAUGCUGCCAGCAAGUCAGUGCAACUACAUUGACAGAGAGGAAUUUUCGGACUUGCUGCAGGGAACUGACAGGUGGACAGAGUUGUGGGACAACGUUGUGCACAGCCGACUGGCUUCUAUUGCUCAACACCUGGGAGCUGAAUCUCUCAGCAAAAGACUGCUUCCAUCUGAAAGCAUGGAGUAUGAGACGGAUGAUUUGGAAUUUGAACGCGUUGCAUACGGUCAGGAAUUGACCGAUCGCCUUGCCCAUAUCUUGGAAGACUACCCUGCUGAUGAAACGAUUGUGAAAGAACUUGUGCAGAAUGCUGACGAUGCUGGUGCUGGAAGUGUGAAGUUUGUUCUUGAUUGGCGUGAUUGGAGACAAGGGACUGGCGCUUUGCUGAACAAGGAGAUGAGAGAAUGGCAAGGACCAGCCUUGUUAGUAUACAACGAUGCCGUGUUCAAUGAAAACGACUUCCGUAACAUCAUGAAGCUUGGUGGUGCAACCAAGAAGGACGAUCCUGGCAAGAUCGGCCGAUUCGGCCUGGGUUUCAGCUCUGUAUAUCAUUUGACCGAUCUUCCUAGCUUUGUUAGUGGCAACUACAUAGUUUUCUUUGACCCGCACACAAAGUAUCUCGGCCCUCACCGUGUCAGCAAAGACUCGCCAGCAAUAAAGAUCAACUUUGUGCGCAAUCGCAAAGGCCUGGAACCGUUCUCUGAACAGUUCAAGCCCUAUCACAACAUCUUUGGUUGCAACAUGAACGACGCGUACGAAGGCACACUGUUCCGUCUGCCACUGCGCAGUCCGAACACGGCAAGCAAAAUCUGCAUCGAUCCUGUGAACAUCCGGGACGUGUUCAAGAAGUGCUGGAGCAAGCUCUCUGACAUGAUGCUAUACUUGCAGUGCGUGCGACAGAUAGAGGUCUAUGAGAUCCGCUCAGAGGACUGUAAGCCAACGCUUCUCUUUGCUGGUCAGUCUAACAUAUGCAGUGACGACAGGAAAGAGGCAGAAUGGGCUAAGCAGGGUCUCCGCAGGCUACAUGAACUGCACAGUGACAGUCUUCACGAGUACAUUGCCGCUCAACAUCCGACCAAAUCAGGAUGGUACACUGGACGGAUACGAGUGAGCUCAUCAAUGACACCGGAUGGGCUGAAAUGCUUCAACAUGUCUGCUUCUCAUGGCUCGGCAGCAGCACAGGACUGGUUGCUCUGUGCAGGACUUGGCACAGCAGAAUCAAAGGACUUGGCCGUGAAAGAAGGCAGAAAAGAUAGUCUGGUGCCAUGGGGUGGCUGUGCAAUCAAGUGGAAUGCUGUCAAUGAUAUUGCCGAACCUGAUCUUGCAGGGAUUGCUUACUCGUUCUUGCCACUGCCAAUUGCCACCGGACUGCCGUUCCAUCUGAACGCUUGCCUUUCUGUGGCGAAAGACCGCCGGAGCCUGGAGCAUACGAGUGAUGGCAGCUUGAAGACACGGUGGAACGAAGCUGUCCUGUCUGAUGUCAUUACACAUGCAUAUCUACACCUGCUGGAGAGCAUUGCAAGUCACUCUACGCAAGCGCAACCAGAGCAGCGCAGUGCAUACGGACAGUUGUUUCCCGCCACCGAUGGAUCCUCCAUAUUCUCGUAUCGGGCGCUUAUCGUUGCCCGCUUCUACAACAUGAUAUUGCGCAAUGGCAGCUUUGCAGUUUUCUGGUGUCCAGCACGGGGACAGUGGAUGACGGGAAAGGAAUCACUGUUCCUGGUCGACUACGACAGGUUUGGUGACUGCUAUGACCAUGCCGUGGAGUUACUUGCCGGUCUCGAUGUAGCAGUUGUCGAGCAGCCGGUGUAUGUACGUCAGGAGCUGAAGAAAAUGUGCUCGCUGGUUGACAGCGACUACUCAGCAGCAGUGCAAUCCAUUGACUUUCAGACGUUCUACACUCGUUACUUCUUUCCUCAGUGUGAGCGCAUACCGCACGACAGUCAUGCACAAUUCCUCAAACUUCUUCUUGCUCAAGAGGAAGAGCACUGGAGUAGAGGGCUGCUCAAAUAUGAGAAGUGCAUUCGCUCAAGCUCAGGUCGUAUGGUGAGAUGCAGCCAGCUUGUUGACCGAGAAUCAGAUUUGGCCGAGCUGUACACAGAUGAUGAUGGGAAGUUCGCUGCAAAGCACUAUGACUUUGCACCAGGGCAUCUUCUUGUCCUUCGGCAAUGUGGCAUGAUUCACGAGAAGCUGCCCAAUGAGGAGAUCAUUGGCCGGGCAAAGUCAGUUUUGGAUGUAAGUCGUGACUGUGGAAAGGCACGAGCGCAUCUGUUGCUGGUAUUGCUAUCAAGACCAGGAUAUAUUGGGCAAACCAGCACAAUUAAAUCUGAACUGCAACACAUUGAGUUCCUGCCGGUGGCGCCGAAACCUGACACCUACCACAUGUCUUGGGCUGGUGAUGGUCAAUCAUUCGUCAGUGCCGCGGAGUCACAGACUGUGGAGUUCAAACACCUGGCAGGAUCAGUCCAACCAUUGGCUGAUCUAAGUGUAGGUAAACGGCAGCCUUCACGCCUGGCCAAAUGUUUGGGCUACUCCACACCUACACUGAAUACAGUCCUCGAACAGCUGGACAUAAUGUUGUCAGAGAACAAAGAACUCCAGGAGAAUAUUGAUGACGAGGAAGCUGUCUUGCAAUGCUUGCAGAGAAGACCAACCGCAGUGCACCAAGACAAGCCGCUGCUGAGGUUUCUCCGUGAGGCCUCGUCUGACAUCUUUAAAUACCUGGAUACAGCAGUGUGCGGAUCAGAAGCGGCACAUCCCAUCGACGCCACCACCGAGGAAGAACUGAUAACAUUCUUAUCGUCAAAAAUAUGGUUUUGGCAUGGCAAUCGGUUUGUCUCGAUUGAGACACUGAGCACAGGUGAUUCUCCACUGAGCGGCUAUCCUCCGUUCUUCAACUCCAGUGACAACUACAACAAGUACCCGAAUCUCUGGAAACUGCUUCGUAUCGCGGAUACGUACAAUCCCGCAUAUGUACGGAGGGUCAUGUGCAUAAUCUACAGUGUGUACAAAGCAAGGACAUCUACUGGUGAGGAGUAUGACAGGAUCUGUAAGCUACUCCGCGAGUUAGCCGAGCAGCUAGUAAAACCAGGCCCACUGGCCGAGGAUGCGCGGCGCAGCGUUGUCCUGCCAGGCGCGGAUGGGUGCCUGCACUACUUGAACCAGCUGACGUUUGACAACACACCCUGGCUAAACAGCGCGGAGAAACGGUCGACGGCUGAUGGAUCGGCCCUUGUUUUUGCGCAUGGUGAUAUUCCAUGGCACCUGGCAAAACGGCUGGGCAUGGAACAUGCCUCACACAGGCUAGUCGAGUCCGCAGGCAUGGAUUUUGGUCAGCAGGAAAGGCUGUGCGAUCGACUUGCCGGCAUACUGGAGAAGUACCCAGCAGACAUUAGCAUUUUCAAGGAGCUGAUACAGAAUGCUGAUGACGCAGGCGCAACUGCCAUGCACUUCAUUCUGGACACGCGUGUUGACUAUCCAGAUGAGAGGCUCUUGAACCCAAACACAGAGUCAUGGAAACAACUUCAGCACUGCCCAUCACUCUGUGUGUAUAACAACCGGUCCUUCACGGACAAGGACAUUGAAGGCAUUGCCAAACUUGGAAGUGGCAGCAAACGGGAUGACCCAAAAUCGACAGGAAGAUUUGGAAUAGGGUUUAAUGCAGUGUACCAUCUGACUGACUGCCCCAGCUUCUUGUCUCGUGGAGCCAAUGGAACAAACCUUUGUUUCUUUGAUCCACUGCUCAACUUCGAACCUCAUGCUACAGACGCCCAACCCGGCCGACGCUUCAAGCAGACAACAGAAAAUGAGGCACAGUUCUGUGAUCAGUGGGAGCCGUACCUGGGCACGAUUCUCAACAAUACAAUGGCAAGUGACGGCGAGUCCACAGUAUUCCGUCUUCCAUUGCGAGGAAGCUACAGGACCGAAGCCAAGAUUGGCAGGGAUCCGAAAAGUUGGACAACAUCCAACGUUGAGGCUUUGUUCCACGAGCUGUGUGAGCAUGGAAUUGAACUGCUGUUGUUCUUGAAGAAUGUCGCCUCCAUUCGAGUGUCAGUGCACACCAAGGCUGACGGCCUAGACACGUGGUACAGGAUCAGCAGAGAGCGCGUCACCGAGGAAACCAGCAUCCCUCGGGGUGUGCCUGAGAAAGCCAUGUCUAUCCACUAUGUGCAAGACACCUGCCUAAAAAAACAAGAUGGAAAUGAGAGCAGAGAAAGGUGGCUGAUGAUGAAUUGUUCAGGCGUGGAUCGUAUGCACCAUUCCCCAGCAGCAGCAGGAGCCCUUAGCCUGGAUGAAGCCAUCACAGAAGGUCAUCGCCAUGGACUAUCACCAGAAGCAGGUGUGGCCGCUAGGUUGCCUAUGCUGGCAUCGCCAACCAACCGCAUCGAAUGUGCCACUGGCAAAGUGUUCACAACACUUCCAACACAGCUGGAAACUGGCUUCCCCGUUCACGUCAAUGGAAACUUUCUUCUGGAUGACUCGCGCAAGCACCUGGACACGGUCAAGUCUGGUGCUGGGGGGAUUCGUGCUUGGUGGAAUGAAUGGCUAUUGCACAAUGUGGCGUUACCUGCCUAUCUCCAGCUACUUUCAGAAGCUCGUCAAUUCGUCACCUCGUGUGAUAAUCCACGCGGUGCAACUGGAGACGCAAGAGCAAGUGGCCCGUUAGUAGUAACACCAUUAUGUGCCCCUGCCGGACACCGGGGAGAAGUCUUCACAGCUGCACCUCGCCCAACCAUGGCGCCGGCGUCCCUGGACUGGUACUACUCUCUGUUCCCGCGUGAUGACAGUACGACAGGGGACAUGACAUUGUGGAAGCUGCUCUGUAAUCGCCUGUAUGAGGAGCUCGCUAAGCCAGCGUGGAGAGUUUUGGCCAGUCACCAUGCCAACCCAGCCGUAUGGGAACCGUGGAGACCCUGUACCGGACCGGAGUUAGGCGUGUUUCAUCGUCAGAUGCAUAGAGAAGAAACAACGCUAUUCCUACUUGUUGUUGGUAUUGGUGUUCCCUUGACACAAGCACCAUACUGGCUGUUGACGGAGCUCAAUGUGGACUCACUGAGCAACUCCACCGACAUGACAAGUCAGCAACCUCAUGCAUUGGCAUUCCAAGCAGCAUACACUGUUGGCAAUGGAAGCUCACGGAAGACACCGAAAGCUGUUGGCACUGCGAUAUCACCAGCAUACCUGCGUGAGUUUCUCCGCAUUCAAUGCUCUGGGAAGUUGGUUGCUGAGCAGUCACUUGGCGUCAACAAAGCAAAUCUCGAGAAUGUUGCCAAACUUCUGAACUAUUGUUUGGAUCUGUACUCCCAAAUGCCUUUGGUACAUGAGAUUGAUAGACUAGCAACGGGUCUUCCGCUUCUUUUGACGCAGUCCAACAAGCUGAACAUAUUUGGUGCAGCUGGCCCUGCAGUGUUGACCAAGUUUCCUUCUCUGAUUGCUGACCGUCUGGACACUGUAGUCAAUGUACACCUGAUCCAGAAGUGCCCAGUCCUACGGGAGCUGCUGUCCUUAGAAGGAUCUAGUUGUGCAAGACCGCUAUCUCUGGGUGAUAUUGCCAGCAGCGUCCGAACACUGCACCCAUGCCUGUUGCAAGCAGCACCGGUGCAGCACCUGGUGGAACAUGACAGCCUGACAACCUGGCUCGCAGAUCUGUGGGCGUUUAUUGUCACAGAACACUUGAGAUCGACAUGGCACACUCUACGAGCGUCUGCUCUCCAUGCUGUCAGCUUCAUUCCAGUAACAAGCAUCCAGAACGGCCAGCACAUUGGGCUGUUGGUCUCACCUGAGAAGGCUGGCCGCAUCAUUCGGUGCAGCGACAGAAGUGACCGUGGUUCACCUGGACAAUUGCUCACAGGCCUUGCCAAGCUUGGCAUGUACUUGCCAGCAUUCAGCAGCCUACUAGAGGACGCUAGUAAGAUAAACAAAUGCUAUAACAUCACUGCAGAUGGCUGUACUCCAAAAGAUGACUAUGUCGAAUUGAUAAGUCAACUUGAGCAGGUUAGUUUCUCUAGUGUUCCCAAUACACUGACCUUGCUUGAAGCAAAGGCGGUGUUGACGAACUUCGUUGGCCUGAGCCGGAACUCCAGGAAUUUGUCACACUCACAGCGCCAGCUUCUCUGCCGUCUUCCAAUCUAUCCUGCAGUUGGUAACAAGGCUAUUUCACUUGCCGGAAUGGAAGGCUUUUUUCAGAUGGACGAUAGAUUUCCCAGAGCAGGAUGUGAUAUGUGGUGGCAAGCUCUAGAUAAGUCUGUAGUGGUGCUUGAGAAGCUCGACCCAGACGUCGAGUCGUUCCUGACGGAGCGCCUCACUCUACGCAAGAUAGAUGAAGUGGAGGUACUAGUCAAGCUGAUCAUACCAGCGCUGAUGCGAAUGACUGAAGACGAUCGUAUCGAGCAUGUGCGACACAUUCGAGAUAAGGUCCUACCUAUCCAAGAAGCUUCUGAAAAGACUACAAUUGUGGAACGACUGAAACCAGUUCCAUUUGUGACUGCAGAAGAUGGUCAGCAGAGACUUGCCAGUGAACUCUUCAAACAUGGCAGAGUGUUUGAUCUAUUUGUCGAUCCACUGUUCUUUGCGAGUGAAUUCUGGCAUGGUCAUGAGUGGCACAGUGGUCAUGAACCGCUCCUUAAAAAGCUCGGCUUCACUGCAACUAUUGGCAAGACACAGUUCAUUGAACUCGCCAAGAGUGUCGAGUCGACCUGGUUUGUUGGGUCGCCAGCUCACGGUUUGAAGAAAUUGUCAAAGAAGGAGAGUGUUACAGCUGCUGAAGAACUCAUCGGACCGUUCAAUAAGCUCAGUAGCCCAGCGGACGUCGGUGAUAUCAAGUUUGUGUUUCCAGUGACGCGGCAGCACUUCCUACCGAAGCUUCUCGGCGACUCUGGUGGUCGGCAGCUGGCACAUCUGUGUGACGGGAGCCGCCCAGUCUCACUGAGGGCAUCAGUGCCACACAAGUGGUACGACAUUGUCUGGACUGUGCAGCCAGUCUGCAGUGAGCUGUUCAGGCUUGACAGCGGUGUGUGCAAGCAGCUGGGAAUGAACCAUGAGCCAGACCUGGAUGUGGUGCUGGCACAUUUCUGCAACCUGAUGCAGGCACUCACAGCUAGAACAUGCACUCUCAGUCGUAUGGCCGAUGGCUGUGACGAGGAUCGAGAACGCCUCAAGAACAUUAUCAAGCAACUGUAUACAUACCUAAAUGCCAAGUGUCAACAGGCGGAUGGGAACGUGGUUCGCAUCCGGAACGCCUUGCAUGACAAGCCAUGUAUACUUGUGGAUGAUAGUAAGUUGCUCUUGCCACCUGGACAAGUCACUGAAGCCAGUCUACAAGAGGAUUCUACGCACACUGAGCCAUACCUCUCCACGCUACCCAGUGACUUUCUCGGCAGUUUUCCACAUUUGAUGUCCAAGAAGUGUCUCGACAUCUCAGACCAUCUCACAGCAGGGCAAUGUGUACAAGCUUUGCAAUUGAUCAAGCAUGAACACGAGAUUGAGAAGAGCACGUUCGACAUGAAUAAGGAUCCUAAAGUCUAUCACCUCAUUCAGUAUUUCUUCAAGAAGCUCUUCAGUUGCUCGCCAAGUCACGAGAUACUUCUGAGACCAAUAGCUAUUGGCAUCAAGGCAACACCUGAUGGACCUGAGCGUGCUGGUGAAAUAUUCUUGCCAUCAUGUACUGCUGAAGAAGGCAGGGAGAACUGCAGUACUGUCAGUUUUGUCAAGGCAUCAGAGAUCGUGAUGAACAACUGGCAAUACUACUUUCUGAGAAUGUCUGCUUCCAACGAGCUUCAGUUCUUGCCGACAUUUGAUCUGAAAAUGGAAAGCCCACAAGCCCGAAUGGCAAAAUCCUUCGGUGUACAGUUGCUGUCUGAGGUGGCGUCCGAGGAGUUUGAUGAUACCGAGGUCGAAUGCGAUGCCAACCGAAUCUUUGAGUUCAUGACUUUCGAAUAUGCACUAGGAUCAAAACCUGAGGAGUUACACGGUGUCCUAUGGAAUAUGUUGCACAUGUUGAGGUCAUCUGAAUUCAGCAGUGGCAUCAGGCGCCUUCUGAAACACGCUGAGAAGGAUCCGAACAGCUGCAAUAGCAACUUGGAACGGCUUCGGAGUGCUCGGAUUGUUGUUGUGCGCAUGAUCCAGACUUUUCUCAAGUACAAUGGAAAGACUAUUGUGGGCAGUGAAGAAGACCAACCGUGUCACUACAAACUUAAUCCCCGUCUUACAAUCUUCAUCCGCAACGAGACGGCGCAAAGCGGUGCUGCGCAGGAUUCGUUCAUGACCGGCCUGGCCAUGACGAUCAGGAACAUAGUGUGUGGCAAGGAGAACCUUUUGUCACUCGAGUGUCUUAGAAAAAUGCUUUACUGCGAUGAGCCGAGCAAGAUUGACACCACCUUGACAAAGGCGCGGAUAGCUGAGUAUCACGAUGAUGAGGCAACGAAACGCAUUGACUAUUCCCAGCCACCUCUUGGCGAAGAGGUUCCGACUGACCGUGGUUUGUUUGAUCCGUCUGAGAAUCCAGAAGAGCUGUACUUUGGAAAAUCUGAGCUGGUGAUCUUCCACAAUGAUCAGGAAGAUGUUUAUGUACUUGCGAAAAUCAUCAGAGAGACAACUCCAACCGGCAAUAGGAACCGCCUAACAAGAUCAUUCCUGAUUGAUAUUGGUGUGGACGACGAGAUUGCAGUCAGUGUGAAUGACUUGUAUCGCUUUAAGACGCCACUGGAUCGACAGUCCGCCGAAGCAGUGGCUCAGGAACUGCCUGUGGCGAUAUUCACCGGGACGCCAUCAGCACACAGUGGGAGGACUGCUGGAGUUACCGACGAUGCAAGCCAGGGCAGUGAAAUGACUAUGGACGAGGCACGGGCAAAGAUCAAAGAAGAGCUGCGUGCGGUGUUUUCCGUCAAAGAUGAAAACGAGAGAAAGAAGGUUUUCCGUCGCAUGCAGAUGAGGUGGCAUCCUGACAAGCAUCCAGGACAGGAACCUGUGUACACCAAGGCGUUCCAAUACUUGAUGAAUCUUUACGAGCACGUGUCCAAAGGUGGAUCUAUUGACAGCUUUGAUGAUGAUACGUCCAGUGGUAGGUCUAGUGACAGUCGAGACUGGGCACAGGACUACUCUGAUCUGUACAGUCGCUUCCGGAGAGGCCGGCGUCGGCCCUCGUACCGUCAAUCGUCGUCUUCACGUGACAAGUGGCGACGCAACCGGAGUGGUGACUAUCAUCAAUUCUUCAACACAUCUAGAUCAGAAAGAUCUCACAGGUCUGCAAGUGAAAGUUCUGACACAGGGAGCAGGGCGGAUGCUGAGCGCUUUCUUGCACAGGCUCGCUCAGACCUGAGUAUUGUGCGAGAGCAGGUCCGGUGUGCGCUGGACAAGAACAACGCGCUCGCCUGCUUUCUGGCUCAGCAGGCCGUGGAGAAGGCGCUGAAGGCCGCCCUGUGCAGCUCGGACCAGGGGCUGACCGAGGCCAACCGCAGCAGCAAUGACGUUGUCACCCUUGCCUUGCACCUCCGCUGCACAGCUUGUGAAAACGUGCUCGAGCUUGCUCAGGUUGUUUCGCACUACUAUACGGCGACUCGCUAUCCAACUCGGAGCUCAGCGCAUUCCAAAUUACCUUUUGAGAGCUAUUCUGUCGACGAUGCGCACAAAGCGUUAGAAGCUGCAGUGCAGAUAAUCGACAUUACUGACAGGUUUUGCAAGUCGCGUCAGAGUGGUGCAUCAGCUGAGAGCCAGUCGAAUACGGAGACGGAUGGCUUCCACAGCACACAGCCCCAGCGCAAAGAGACUCAAGGAAACUUAGUGUUGAUGGACAAGAGACAUCGAGCUACAGGACACGAGACUCAAAGCUUCUCGCGAAACCCAUGCUCCCAUGAGUUCUUCACUGGGCACAGCAACCGUGAUGCUGAGCACACAGCUGCGUUCGGCAGUAUGGUCAAGACAAGACGCACACGCUGCCAGCAUCCACUUUUGGGAAUCGAGUCCAAUAGUUAUAUUUUGCACAGGCUAUCCUUACAGCAUGUACUGCAUGCGUACCGUGUUCCUCUAUUUCAAUUUUUCACCUAAGGGAUGCACGUCUUGCCUCCAUUCUGGCUUGUAAUUCAUCGAUUUCAUUGCAUUCUAUACAUUGGGAAGGCUACAGUGCAAGGUCCACGCAUGCAUGCCCUGCUGCUUCACUGGAUCUUCUUAUUCAUAUGGCGCAUCGUGCGCAGUGCACUGUCGUUCUUGGGAUGAAAGACGUUAGCAAUAUGUACGGCUUUCGGGACUUUUUCUUCGAGUAUUGACAACUUCCCGAUCAGUAGUCAAGGUCUAGCUAGCUGAGAUUGCUAAAUGACUGCAUAACCAUGCACACACAUUGGAAUUCCAGUUCCGAAAUUACUUUCCACCUUCCUACAAAAUAAUAUGCAUGUAUAACUGUGUAGUUAAGACAUGGUCAGUUCAAUACAAAUCCAUUAAAUUUGUUUAUUUUGUAUAUCAAUGGCAACUUAUUUUUCAGUUUCUUGUGCCACAAGUAUCAGUGCAAUGCUUAUCCACAUGUACCUCAAGUUACGCAUCAACAGCACUGUCAUGUGGAUGCAAACGUGGAAACUCCAGCCCAAUUUAGACAAGACAGAAGCCAUGUAUAUUUCUUCAUCCCCUCCUGAUCAACCAUUAUUCUUCCCUGACUCGACUAUGCCUAUCCGUGUUGUUACUCAGCACAAACAUCUAGGUGUGAUGUUUGACUGCAAACUCUCUUGGGCUGCACAUGUCAACUGUGUAUGCAAGCGAACCAGUUCAGCCUUAGGGGUACUACAACCACAUUGCACUCAUUUGCCCAUCCAGUGUAAACUAUUAUUUUAUCAGUGCUAUAUUCUCCCUAUAUUCGACUAUUGCGAUACCGCUUGGUGUGGCCUUUCUGACACAACUCUGAGCCAAUUAGAAGUCCACCAUAGAUUUAUACUUAAAAUUCUUUACAACAAGGAUCGAUGUUUUCCUUCGGAUGCCCUUUAUCGACUUGCACACACUUCUCCUCUCUCCGUUCGUCAUAAGCACCAUCUCUGUACACUGGUUCAUAAGAUAUUUCUUCAUAAAACCCCUUCACACAUGAUGAAGUACAAUUGGUUUUCGACAAGCUCAACCCGUAACGCGCUCACCCUGCCUCUUGUUAAGUCAGCCCAGUAUCUAAAGUCCCCUUUGUUUUCCGGCUACUCUCAUUGGUUAUCAUUACCAUACGGUCUGAAAACUUGUUCUUCUAUUGGUCAGUUUAAAGAUCUACUAUCACAACUGAACUAGACGCAAUAAUUAUCAUCGAAGAACAUUCUCGAAUACCUGGGUGAUGCACGAAUUUUGAUAGUGCUCACUUCCGUUAAUCGUUUUUCUUUGUAAUUUUCCAUUCAUUUUCUGCUUUAAUUCAUAUUUGCUUUGUUUUCCUAGCUUACUAUUGCCGUGGCUGGCUCAACGCCCUUUUCUCAGGGGAUUCUGUCCCUGCAUUAGCUAUGCUUGUCACAUGCUAUGAGAUUGUGUCUAAUAAUAAUAAUAAUAAUAAUAAUAAUACCCGUACAUGAUGGAUUAUAGAUUUCAAUUUUCUUUCACUACCAGGGUGUCGCAAACGUGAACAUGUAUUUUACAACUUUCCAUAAUUAUGAUCCUUUUCACAGG